ACUUCCUCUCCCAGGAUGCGCAUGUGCUAACCAGCAUGGCGGCCCCAACCUCGCGAGAGCACUGUACCACCGCGCGACUCCACGUCCAAGAUGGCCGCUAUCGCUGGGGGUGGAGGCGGCGGCAGCGCAGCGAAAAAGAGCAAGAUGACGACCAAGAACAGCGGCGGCGCAGCCGGGGAAGGCACAGAGCCGCCGGGAGGCGGCGGGGAUGCGGUGCUGCCUGGUUUCCGGGAUGCCGACUCCUUCGCCAAGUAUGCCCUCGGCACAGUGGUGGCUGCUACCAAGGCAUCUAAUGGGCUUCCUCAGCCGGGAGACGAAUACGACUUCUACCGAAGCUUUCCUGGGUUCCGAGCCUACUGUGAAACGCAAGGAGACAGGCUGCUUCACUGCAUGAGCAAAUUGAUGCAGUACCACAGCUGUCGCAGUCACAUCAAAGAUCGCAGCAAAGUGACAGAGCUGGAAGACCAAUUUGAUUUGUUGGUCGACUCCAACGAUGCAAUUCUUGAACGAGUGGGUAUUUUACUGGAUGAAGCAGCGGGAGUGAACAAAAAUCAGCAGCCUGUCCUGCCAGCAGGGCUGCAGCUCCCUGAGACCAUCGUUUCCAGCUGGAACCGCAAGAGUGCAGAAGCCAAGAGAACGAAGUCUGAAACCUUCCGGCUGCUUCAUGCCAAGAAUAUUACUCGGCCACAAUUAAAGUUUCGGGAGAAGAUUGACAAUUCCAACACUCCCUUCAUCCCUAAACUUUUUGUAAAACCCAAUGCUCUGAAACCACUGCCUGAAGCACUUGCCAAGAGCAGACGGGAGCAAAAGGAGCGUCCUGAGGACUUGGAUGUGCCGGCUGCACUGGCGGAUUUCCUCCAUCAGCAGAGGACCCAGCAGACUGAGCAAGACAUGUUUGCUCACCCCUACCAGUAUGAACUGGAACAUUUUUCUCCACCAGAUGUAGUUCUUGAGAAACCGGAGCCCCAGAUGUUCAGGCCUCUUGAGGAAACGCCUUUCCAUUUUGUCUCCACACUGGAUGAGCUGGUAGAACUAAAUGAAAAGCUUGUCAACUGCAAAGAGUUUGCUGUGGAUUUGGAGCACCACUCCUAUCGGAGCUUCUUGGGAUUGACGUGUCUGAUGCAGAUCUCCACCCGGACAGAGGAUUUUAUCAUUGACACACUGGAGCUUCGGAGUGACCUGUACAUUCUGAAUGAGCCCUUCACAGACCCUGCAAUUGUAAAGGUCUUUCACGGUGCAGAUUCGGACACAGAAUGGCUACAGAGAGACUUUGGCUUAUACUUGGUGAACAUGUUUGAUACGCACCAGGCUGCCCGUCUCCUCAACCUUGGCCGGCAUUCUCUAGACCAUUUGCUGAAGCUCUACUGCAAUGUGGAUGCUGACAAGCGGUACCAGCUGGCUGACUGGCGGAUACGCCCUUUGCCAGAGGAGAUGCUGCAUUAUGCCCGGGAUGACACUCACUACCUGCUCUACAUUUAUGACAAGCUGAGGGAGGAGUUGUGGAACAGAGGGAAUGGAAAGCCCACACAGCUCCAGGUUGUGUGGCAGCGGAGCAGGGACAUCUGCUUGAAGAAAUAUAUUAAACCCAUCUUCUCAGAUGACUCCUACCUUGAGCUCUACAGGAGACAGAAAAAGCAUCUCAACACGCAGCAGCUAACUGCCUUUAAGCUUCUCUAUGCCUGGCGGGACAAGCUAUCACGCCAAGAGGACGAGAGUACAGGGUAUGUGCUGCCAAACCACAUGCUGCUGAAGAUAGCAGAAGAGCUGCCAAAAGAACCCCAGGGCAUCAUUGCUUGCUGCAACCCAGUCCCGCCUGUAGUUCGCCAACAGAUCAAUGAACUGCAUCUCCUUAUCCAACAAGCCCGAGAGAUGCCUCUGCUCAAGUCUGAAGCAGCUUCGGUGACAAAGAAGGGACCUCUUUCCAAUCCAGAGAAGCCAGAGAAUCACUUAUUUGGACCUCAUGACAGUUCCCACAUUACCCUGGACGAUCCCCAGAACCACUUGUCAUUAGCACCUGCACCAGCUCUGAAGUGUGGGAGUCUCUUUUCAGACGGGGAAGAGACGGACAGCGAAGGAAUGUUACCAGAUUCCACCUGCCUUGUUGCUACAGCCACCAUCAGCAUCUUCAAUGAACCUGAUGUGGAAGAAGGAGGGACUGAGAAGAAUUUAACAGUUGCACAGCAAAAGGCUCGGCGCAUUAUGGAGUCCUUUGAAAACCCAUUCAGGAUGUAUCUGCCUGCACAACAGAACCCUGCCCACGUCUCUCAGUCAGCAAAGUUUGACCCAUCAUCCAAAAUUUACGAAAUCAGCAAUCAGUGGAAGCUGAUGAAUCAGACACAACUGCAGAAAGAGGCAAAGGAAGAAGCCAAAAAGAAAGUAGCACAGCAGACAGCAGCUCGGGAGCAGGCCCAGAAGGAGUGCAAAAUGGCUGCAGAAAACGUUGUUUCAGUUCGUCAACAAGCAGCGCAGGAGCAAGCUGGCAAGAAAAGGGAGAGAAUUGCAAGUGAGCCUGAAACAGAGCUGCCAAAGCAAGAAAAGAAACGGCCAAAAGCCUCCCAGCAACCAGAGGAGCAGGAGACGCCAAAGGAGUUCACCCCCUUUGAUUACAGCAAGUCUAACUUCAAAGCGUUUGCAGGAAGCAGCAAGUCCAAGCAGUCCUCGCAGUUUGAUCCAGCCAAGCAGGCCCACACAGGCAAGAAAUUUGGUGGAGCCAGCAAACUUCAACAACAAGCUGGAAAUAAAAGCAUGUCCUACCUCGCUGGGAAAACCAAUAGGGGCUCCAGGCACAACUGGCCAAAAAGAUAGUGAUUGUGAGAGACCUCUGGGAACAACCAGUGACCAAUAAGUGGGAACUCUUGCCAGACUGUGGAGAAGCAGUUAUCAGUCUCAACUACAGUUUUGUACAGAAAUCUUUUUAAACCAUUAAAAUGCUUUUUUUCCCCCCCAAAGGGAAAAAAAAUCUUAA